AUAUCGCGAACCGGUUCCCAGCGAACCGCUGCCCGCCAGUCGCGAAAACACAACGAACGCACAAUCACAAACGCCAGCUCGCGAGAACGGGAGCUCGGAAGAACGGAGAACGGAGAUCGGAGAACCGUGGAACCGUAGAUAGAACGGAGAGGGUGGUCGGCCGAUUCCCCCUCCCCACUUGCCCAUCAAAAUACAGAGCUCUCGGUUAAACGCACACACAGCGAGGCGAAAAAGAAAGCAAAGGCGCUGCGAAGCAGAGCGGCUGAAAAUAAAAUGAAACUGGGAUCGCGGCACCAGCAACAAGUUUUAGUGGUUCUCCUUUGUGCGUCUCGUUCGUGUUUGCUGCCCUGCGCUUUGCUCGCCACUUUCGUCGCCGACUUUUAUUUUGUUUUGCCCAUUUUAUCAGAAUCGGAUCCCAAUCCGAUCCCGACCACCUCCAAAAAAGCGCAAGACAAGCUGAGCCUCAGCCGCGUCGAGGUGAGCUGAUCCGCACCCGCUCCCGCUCCCGAUCCCACUGCCCACAGCUCACUCUCGAUCCCAUCCAAUCCGCUCCGCUCCGCUCCGAGUGCAUAGUGCAUGCAAAGUCGCGGGACUUGGCUUUCGGAAUUACACAACCCACAUGGGGCAGCGCCAACAAAAGCCUCAGAAACAACAAUAGCGGGCAGCCAAGCAUUCUGCCCUCGAGCUCGACCAUGGCUCCCACCACCAGUCCGCCGCCCAAGCUGGCCAAGUUCAAGUCCUCGUCGCUGGACCACGAGAUCUACACGGCCAAUCGACGCGGCACCAUUGCAACGGCCUCCAGCGACUGGAAGGCGCUCCGCGGAGGCGGCGCUGGAGGAGGAGCAGGAUCCGGUAGCGGACCCAAUCCCUCUAACGGACGCUCCCUCCACGCCGGCGGAACCAUGACACGGGCCGCCUCCACAUCCUCGCUAGCUAGCAGUACGCGCACCACGACCAACUACCAGGAGUACAAGAUGGAUAUCAUCAACCAGGGGAAAUGUCUGUGUGGUCAGUACAUCAGAGCGCGGUUGCGACGGGCAGGAGUCCUCAACCGGAAGGUGACACAGCGACUGCGCAACAUUCUGGAUCCCGGCUCCUCGCACGUGGUCUAUGAGGUUUUUCCGGCCCUGAACAGCAUGGGCGAGGAACUGGAGCGGAUGCACCCGCGGGUGUACACAAACAUAUCCCGACAGCUGUCGAGGGCCCCGUUUGGGGAGCUGGAGGACAGCGACAUGGCUCCCAUGCUGCUUAACCUAGUUGCCAAGGAUCUUUUUCGCUCCAGUAUCACGUGGGGCAAGAUAAUCUCGAUAUUUGCCGUAUGCGGCGGCUUUGCCAUAGACUGCGUGCGCCAGGGUCAUUUCGACUACCUACAGUGCCUGAUUGACGGUCUGGCUGAGAUCAUAGAGGAUGACCUGGUCUACUGGCUGAUCGACAACGGCGGAUGGCUGGGCCUGUCGCAGCACAUCCGACCCCGGGUCGGCGAAUUCACGUUCUUGGGAUGGUUGACACUGUUUGUGACCAUCUCUGCGGGCGCGUAUAUGGUCUCAAACGUGUGUCGGCGCAUUGGAGGUCAACUGUAUUCGCUGCUGUUCUAGAUUUGCCUGGGAUCGCUUCGUUUAGAAAUACAAUCGUACCAUUUAGUCAAUGAGAGCUUCGAAUCAUUCCUGCUUCCAUGGGCACCAGUCGUUUAGUAGUAUGUAAUGGACCCUGUUUUACGUAUAAUAUUGUUAUCACCUUUCCCCUCUUUUUGUAUAUACAAGGCUAUUCUAGGCGCAAUAAAGCGUGUGUUUUAAAAUCUUGA